CAACAAAAGUUUUCAAGGCACGAAGGAAAUGUCCAUAAUUAAUCAGCGAAAUAAGAAGAAGAACAAAGGUUUGCUAGGAACAGGCUGUACCCUCAUUGUACAGUCCUCGUAAAAGGAAGUCGGAUCAGAAUAAAAGGAAAGCAUUUCGCAAGACGCCAUCUACAUCGAGGCCAUCUACAAGGGACUACAUCGAGGUCAUUCAAAGAAGGUCUGGCAAGGCAACUCAGAAUGUUGAAAAUAAUCCUGAUUAGCUUUAUUCUGGUUGGAGGAAGAAUCGAGUGCUCAGAAAACUUGUCGCCUCACGGUGAAAUGAAGAUAUCAGAAAGUUCCACAUUUCAUCAUGGAAGGACAUAUAGCAAUGCCUGCUCAGUAUCCUUGCUCCAUAAAACGGAAACAGCGUGUCAAAGAAGGCGGCACCUUGAGGUUGCAAAGUUGAAGCAAUUUUACAAGAUUUCAGAACCUGAUAACGCAAUGCCGUUGCCUCACCUAGAUCAGCCGCUGCAUGACACAAUGGUUUAUUUUAUGACAGAGAAGUUUCAUGCAUAUUGGUUUAAUCUUUACUUCAAUGUUCUUUCAAAGCAACUGAGAAACCUCGUUGGACCAAUGGUUGAACUCAAAUACAAGAAUGCUCAAUUUACAACUUUUCAAAACUACACUCAAGUUCAUGAAGACUUUAGAAAUUUGAUUUUGAAAGCGACCUUUCCACUGCUGGAUCAAUACAAAUUCCCCAGCAGCAGCUAUGAGUAUUUUACUUCUUUAACAAAAGAUGAACGCUUCAAAUCAGACAGAUAUUUUGCUGAACAAAGGCUAGCCGGCCUAAAUCCUAUGGUCUUAAGAAGAGUUGACUGGUAUGGUACAAGGGGAACAAACUGGGAAAAUCUCAAAAAACGUUUGGAUUUUUCAAGAAUUAACUGGGAAGCUGCAAUUACCUCAGUAACAGGACAAGAUAUAUUGCUGUCAGUUAUGCAGCGACAAGUGUACGUUGCAGAAUUUCCAUUGCUGAAAGAUAUUCCAGCCAUGAAAGAUCUGCUUGCAAAUGAGCGUCCAGGCAUGAAGAUGCGAGCACCAUGUAUGCCUAUAGCAAUGUUUGCAGUAAACAGAGAAGGGCAGUUCAAAGUGGUUGCCAUUCAAAAUGACACAAAGCCAGGUGCAACUGUUUUCACGCCAGAAGAUGGAAUCAUGUGGGAUCUAGUCAAAGCACAAUUCCAAGAAACCGACCUUUUCUAUGGCCAAGUGUACGAACAUCUUUUACGCACCCACAUGCGAAUGGAGCCUAUCUGCAUAUCGAUGCACCGGCAUCUAUCCAGCCUUCAUCCAAUUCACCAGAUAUUAAAGUUUCACUGUCGAGGCUUGAUACCCCUCAACGCACAGGGCAAGGUGACGUUGCUUGAUGCGCCUCAGACUGUCAGAAGCUUAUUUUCGAGAGGCAACAAAGGAGCAAUUGCGCUGCUUUAUAAGGGAUUUCAAACAAUGAAAUGGAACGAUAUUGACCUUGAAGAGAAUAUAAAGGAUCGAGGAAUGGAGGACACCAAAAUGUUACCCUAUUAUCCAUACCGGGAUGAUGGAAGGCUUGUUGACAAAGUGCUAGAAAAAUUUACAAAAAAGCUUAUUAAUAUGUAUUAUAGAUGGGACGUGGAUGUUCGCAAAGACACCGAAAUCCAGGCUUUGGCUCAGGAAUUAUCAUCUGCUGGGAAAACAGGCCCGCAAGCUGCAUAUGGAAGGAUUCAAGGCUUGGAGCCCUCUUUUAGUAAAAAGUCUCAGUUGGCAAGCUUCUUGAAAGAGACGCUGUGGAUUGUCGUACAGCAUGCCAUGUUUAGUUUUCCAAUUGCUGAAUAUGGUUCAACCACAAAUAACCCGACAAAGCUUUACGAAGGCAAAGAUGCAAAGUUUUUUGACAUGCUGCCUGGUUCAGUAGCUUCAGUCCUGCAAGGAUCACUAACACAUGGCCUUGGCUCUCUGCAUUAUGAUGAAUUCUUUGACUACAGUGAAGAAAUCACUUGUGAAAGGCUGAGACAUUUGGUCAGACACGCAUAUGACGAUAUGAAGCAUGCAAGAGAUGAGAUUCACGAGAGAAACAGAAAGCGAUAUCAGGCUGGCCAUCUGACCAACCCAUUCAUGCUGCAAGAGUGGAUGCCCAAUAGCAUAAGCACAUAGUAACUUAGGCAGUAUCAUACAUAGAACUUUUAAACAUUGAAGCAAAGACAAUAAGCUACGUAGAUGCAUAAUUUAUUUUGGAGUUUAUUUGUGAAUGAUAAAGCAUAA